ACCCUGUAGAUGCACCAUUACAUAACCAUAGAUAAAGACAAGUACAUAACCUCAACCAAAUCCAACUAAACUUUAAAUUGUUAUUAUUAAAAUAUUUAGAAAUCACUGUUUAAAGGGCAUAUACAUUUUCCCAAAGAACGUCAUGACUGAAGAAAUCAGACUGAAAGACGACUGGAUGAUCAGAAAAUGUCCCACAUAUGAUGAGGAGUAUUCAGAUUGUACAUCUAUAAGGGCCCGGCUUCACCAGUUGUUCAUUUUUGGGAACACACUAGAUUGUAGCGAGUGGAAACGAAGCUCUAUAAACUGCUACAAAUGGAUCAAAGACCAGGAUAAAGCUGCAGGAGAAGAGCUGGUGGCUAUUGAAAAAGAAAGAAGAAAGAGGCGGCUUUCUGGUCAUUAUGCCAACAAUACAUGGACAAGACGGAAAGGACCGCCAGAGAAUUGGAAUUGUCCACUGCCGGAAGAGAUGCAAAAACAAUACGAGAACACGUAUCUUCAUGUUAAGUCUAAGGAAUUGAAAGGAGAAAUCUCGCCUAGUUUUGAAUCUAAUUUCAGGUUCUGCUCCAUAAUGUGACAGUGAGUUUUCCACUAUAACAAACAGACGUAGAAAAUACAAUAAGUUAACGUGAUCCUUCUAGAAUGUAUGCUUUAUUUAUAGUAUAACUUACUCCUAUUUUA